GGGCGGGCGGAAGUGACAUCUUUUCGCACCUUCUCUCCUGGCGGGGAUGCGGCUGGUGAGCUGGAACGUGAAUGGGCUGCGGGCCGGGGCGGGAUCGGCGGGGCUGGAGCGGCUCCUGGCUGCGCUGGACGCGGACGUGGUUUGCUUGCAGGAGACUAAGAUCACCCGGGACCUCCUGGAGGAGUCGUUGGCCGUUGUGGAGGGCUACAGCUCCUAUUUCAGCUUCAGCCGCACCCGCAGCGGCUACUCAGGCGUUGCAACGUUCUGUAAGACCAGUGCUACCCCGGAGGCAGCUGAGGAGGGUCUGACAGGGCUGUUCACCAAGCAUGGUAGGGCAGUUGGCUGCUAUGGAAACACAGAUGACUUCACGCCCGAAGAGCUGAAGGCACUGGACAGUGAGGGCCGAGCUAUGGUCACCCAGCACCGUAUUUGCACCUCAGGAGGGCAGGAGACCACCCUGGCGCUCAUCAACGUGUACUGUCCCCGUGCUGACCCCGACAAGCCCGAACGAGGGGACUUCAAGCUGCGAUUCUACCGCCUCCUACAAGCACGGGCAGAGGCUCUCCUGAGAGCUGGCAGCCAUGUGGUUAUCCUGGGAGACAUCAACACGGCUCACAAGCCCAUUGACCACUGUGACCCUUGGGAUCUGGAGUCUUUCUCAGAGAAUCCCGGGCGCCGCUGGCUGGACAGUUUCCUGUGGGAGCCGGGCAAGGAUUCCCAGGACGAGAAAUCCUUUGUCGAUACGUUCCGCUUCCUUCACCCCGGGCAGGGCGACGCCUACACCUGCUGGUGCAACCUCACAGGCUCCCGGCAGACCAACUAUGGCACCCGCAUCGACUACAUCCUGGCCGAUCGCGCUCUGGCGUCGUCGGAGUUAAAGGACGCCCAGGUCAUGCAGGAAGUCCUGGGCUCGGACCACUGCCCCGUCCGAGCGCUUAUGAGAGCCCGCUUCGUGGCCGCCCCCGUUUGCCCACCGCUCUGCACCCGCUUCCUGCCUGAAUUUGCCGGCACCCAACAGAAACUCAGCCGCUUCUUGGUGAAAGUGGAGCCGACUAACCUGCCGGACAAGGGCCAGAAACGGAGCGGAACUGAACCGAGCCUGUGGUGGGACCCUCAACGGAAACAGGAUCCGAAAAAGAGACGGACCGUCCCGCCAAAGAAGGGACAAGGGGAUUUGCGCAGCUUCUUCCGAGCCAGCGGUAAUAGCACGGCUGGGGUAACCAACCUGGGCCAGGGCCCUUUGGGAUUGAGCACAGUGCGGAAGGGAGCAGAGGAUUCUGGGAAAGCGUCUCCCGUUGAAGCCACUGAAAGGACGGGUGAGGGUUUGGGGGUGGAGAAAGCCAUUUGCAUACCACAGGAGACUGCUGCGAGCUUGGGAAAGGAGCCUGUUGCAGACGUGACCGGGGAGGAAACUAAGAACUGCGGGAACGCUCCCACUCCCUCUGGACCCAACCAAUCCGCUGCCCUCUGGAGAUCCCUGCUGCCAGGCCCGGCUCGUCCACCCUGCUGCAAGGCCCACGGGGAGCCCUGCGUUUUGCGGACCGUGAAGAAGCAAGGGCCGAACUGCGGGCGGCGCUUCUACGUCUGUGCCCGGCCCUUGGGGAAGCCCUCUGAUCCCCGUGCACGCUGUGACUUCUUCCUGUGGGUCGCUCGGGGGAAUCUGUAAAUUGGGGGCCGGUCGACCCGAGAGGACACCAGUCUUGGGGGCUUCCAGUGGGGAAAGGAAGGAGCUUUGCCUCUGAUGCGGGGAGCCAGGGUUUGUGCAUCUCUUAAAUAGGGGAGGCACGGCUCGGGGGUCUGAGUGCUCCAGAUUGGAAUUGGUGUGAAGCUUCCAGCGAUAGACGUGUAGAAACUUGCCACUCAUGUCGCAAGGGAUUGGGGCCCGCCUUGGAUGCCGUGCAAGUUCUGAAGGCUUUGAUGGCAGACAUAGGCAAGGAGUUCUGUUUUUGCUCCAGGAAUUUCCCAUCUUGGCAUAGAUCUUGGUGUUAAGGUUUUGGGCAAACUUUGGAAUUUAUGUACGGGCCACCCUAGCUGGUUGGAAACAAGUAACUCAGGGUGGUUGGGGCCUAUCUUGUGCCUGCUGAAAGGUGCUGAAAGUGAGGGUUCCUCUGGGUUCUCUUCUUUGUCAUUCAUAUGUCCCUGUUGUUUCCUUUCUUUUUUAUACAUGUUUUGCUCCCUCUAGUGGACGAUUCGAUAUUACAUCUGUGUAUGUUUGGCAUUUUCUCCCUGCAGAUCUAAACUUACGCAUGGCAAUGUAAUAUCAAGUCAACCACUAGAGGGAGAACGUGUACAGAAAAUUCACGUUCACAAAAAUGAAACUAUGGAAGAGCCCACCUAGCUUGGAUGUAGGGCUCCUGAUCAGGCCGGUUGGAACUCAUCUCUAUGAUUUCCCCUUACCUACUCAACCCCUCCCCCCCAAUACUUCUUUUAAAACAAGCGUCUUUGCUAAGAGAUGGCUCAUCUGGGACAUGAAACGGUGCCCAAUUGUUUCUUUCCGUGAGAGCGAAAAAUAUAUAUUUUUUACUUUUGAUAAAAUAAACAUAUUGGAAGAAAAGCACAAAAAA